AUGGCAUCCCUUACCAUUCCAAAUACUGUGCUGCAAUUUGAAUCGGGGCUUGUGAACGUACUCGAGAAGGAAUCUGAAAUACUGCAGAAUAUCACCGACCAGUUUGCUCCUUUGAUGCCGAAUUUCCGUAAAAAAACAGAUCUCAAAUACUACAGAGAAUAUAUUGUGAAUAAAAUGAGUGCAGCGCCCAUUCUCGACAACACAGAAAGAUGCGGCAUUGGUGCAGAUCAUCAAAGGAUGUGCAAGUUCCAAAGCCCUAAUUACCAGGGGUAUAGAACAGCGGUGGCAGCUCUACGUCGCUAUGCUCGAGAAGCACCCAAAAUGAUUCAGAGAAGGUGCCAACGAGCUUCAAACCUGUAUCGAGAGGAGAAGUUGGUUGAGGCUGCAGAGCUAUUAGGGAUUGCUGAAACAACAGGCUCGGGUCCCCGCUAA